UCUGUUUCCCUCAGCCCAGCCCCCUCACCUCCCUCCCUCACUCUUUCUCUCUCUCUUCCCCCAAAAACCUCCAUAACUCAAACAGGCCCCUUCUCUCUCUCUCUCUACAAUUUCCACACCAAGCAAACAAAACGUACACACUCUGUGUGUACCCUAAACCCAGCUAAAUACCGUAAAUUUCUUCCAUGUCUAAUUCCGAAGCGCCCAAUAACGAGCUCACUAACGGCGGCGGAGGAGGAGGAGGGAUGGUGGAGCAGCAGGCGUCGCAGAGGCCGUCUAGUAACGGCGUAUUGGCCGUGAAGAAGCCGCCUUCGAAGGACCGCCACAGCAAGGUCGACGGGAGAGGCCGUCGCAUCCGCAUGCCCAUCAUAUGCGCCGCACGUGUGUUCCAGCUCACACGUGAGCUCGGCCACAAGUCCGACGGCCAGACCAUCGAGUGGCUCCUCCGCCAGGCCGAGCCCUCAAUCAUCGCUGCCACCGGAACCGGCACCACCCCCGCCUCCUUCUCCACCGUCUCCGUCUCCCUCCGCGGCGGCGCCCCCUCCUCCUCCGCUCCCUCUUCCACCACCACCUCCGACCACAAGCCUCACCUCCUCGGCGGCCCCACCCCCUCCAUGCCCUCCGUGCUUGGCCCCACUGCGGGGGUUCCGGGCGCCUUCUGGGCCCCGCACUUCGGGCAGGUCUGGAGCUUCGCUGCCACGCCGCCGCCGGAGAUGAUGGCCCAGUCGGCGGUUUCCCACCAGCAACACCAGCAGCAGCAGCAGCAUUCGUUGUUCUUACAGCAACAGCCGAUGGGCGAGGCCUCAGCGGCCAGAGUGGGAAAUUACCUUCCAGGACAUCUCAAUUUGUUGGCUUCUUUGUCGGGCGGGCACGGGAAUUCUGGUCGGAGAGAAGACGACCCGCGUUGAAGACCCGGAUUAUAGACCGUCGGUUUCUGGUGGUUGGUUCGUGCUGGUGGUGGUGUGCUUUGUUGGUAUAUAUAAAAUAUGUGUAUGUCUCUGUUUUGCUUUUUUUGUUGUGUGUUUUAGGGGAGAGGUGAGGGAGUUGAAGUUCUUUUGAUUUUGAUUAAAUUUCUUGUAGUUGAUUUUUAAGGUUAGAAUUUAACUAGCUUUGGCUGGCUGGAAGAAGAAGAAUAAGGGGUUUGUGCAAAUUUGUGAAUUUGAAGCAAUGUAUUCAAAUUAGGGUUUUUUAGGGUUCAAAUUGUUUUAGAUUUGGGGGGUUUUGUUGGAGGAGGAGGAGAGAGAAUGAAGAAGAAGAAGAAGAA